AUGGUUAAUAACAAAUCAUCAUCAUCCAUCAAAAAAGAAGAGAAAGAACUGUAUAAUAUAAAUGAUGUUGAUUCAAAUAAAGAACAAACUAAUGAUUCAACAAAUUUAAAUAAUAAUAAUAUAAAUAACUCCGAAGAAAAAGUUACAACCAAUAAUAAUACAACUAACAAGAACAUAAAUACAAUAAAUAACUCAUCUACACCUGAAGUAACAAAUACAAGUACCACAACCACAGGUACAACACCUACAGCAUCCACAUCAACUGGUAAAACUUCAAAAUCAACUACUAAAACAGAUAAACCAAAAGCAUUUACUAUAAAAUAUAAAAGACCUAGAGGAUCAAGAGCAUGUACUGUUUGUAGAUCAAGAAAAGUUAGAUGUGAUGCUGAAAUUCAUAUACCUUGUACUAAUUGUAUAACUUUUGGAUGUGAUUGUGUAUUACCUGAAGUUAAAAAAAGAGGUAAUCAAUCUGGUGAAAGUAAAGCAAAAAAACAAAAAUUAGCUCAACAACAACAACAAGAACAACUUGAACAACAACAGACUAAAAAAGAUGAAUCAAGUAAUAAUAUUACAACUGAUGGUAAAUCUUUAACUCCAGAUAAUGUAAAUAAUGAACUUAAUACUUCUUCUAAAAACUCCAAAGAAGAUUCUUCUUCUACAAAUAAAUCAAAAACUCAAAUAUCUUUAUCAUUAUAUACAAGUCAUACAAAAAAUCAUGGAAAUACUAGUGAACCAAUUUUAAAUAUUUCUCAAGUAAGUGUACCACCAUCAUUAACUUCAUCAUAUAAAAAUAGACCUUCAAUGCAUAAAAAGGAAUUAUUAACUUCUAAAAUAAAACCUUCAUUAACAUUUCUUGGUUCAUCAUCUAUUGCUGUAUUACCACAAAAAGUUGGUGAAAAUCAUGUUCAAUUAACUGAAGAUGUUUUUGAAGUAAAUGAUAAUGGAUUAGAUUCAGUUGAAUUAGAAAUUUUAAAAUUAAGAGGUGCUUUUUUAUUACCAAAUAAAGAAUUAGCUUCAGAUUUAAUUGAUGCAUAUUUUGAACAUGUUCAUCCUUUAAUGCCAGUAUUAAAUAGAACUUUAUUUAUGAAAAAAUUUAAUGAUCCAAAUGAUAGUCCAAGUUUAAUGGUUUUACAUGCUGUUUUAUUAUGUGGUUGUAGAGUUUCAAAAAAUCCUUUAUUAUUAGAUUCAAAUGGUUCAAAUAAUUUAGCAAGUUUAACAUUUUUUAGAAGAGCAAAAGCUUUAUAUGAAACAAAUUAUGAAAGUGAUCCUGUUUCAAUUAUUCAAACUUUAAUUUUAAUUGGUUCUUAUUGGGAUGGUCCUGAAGAUGUUACAAAAAAUUCUUAUUAUUGGUCAAGAGCUGCAGUUGGAUUAGCUCAAGGAUUUGGAUUUCAAAGAGAUGUAACAAAAUCAAAAAGUUUAACUUUAUCAGAAAAAAGAGUUUGGAGAAGAAUUUGGUGGUGUUUAUUUGAAAAAGAUAGAAAUGUUGCCAUUGCAUUUGGAAGACCUGUUGUUAUAGAUUUAAAUGAUUGUGAUGUACCAAUGUUAACAACUGAUGAUUUUGAUGAAAAUGAUUCUGAAUUAGGUAUAGUUUCUCCUUAUCCAAUAAAUGAAACUCAUGCAUUAUAUUUUAUUCAUUUAAUUAAAUUAGCUGAAAUUACUGGUAUAAUAAUAAAACAUCAAUAUAGUGUUAAAUCAGAAUCAAUGAAAAGAAGAAAUGCUUUUUCAAUUAUUGAACAUUGUGAUAUGUUAAUGGGUAUAUGGUUUACAAAUUUACCUCCUCAAUUAAGUUUUUCAUUAGCUGAUUCUUCUUCACAAAAUUUUUAUGCAUGUUUAUUAAAUGCUCAAUAUUAUAAUAGAUUAUUUUUAAUUCAUAGAUCAAAUUUAAUUAGAAUGGCAAGAUCUUCAUCAACUAAUCCAAAUAACUAUAAAUAUCCAAGUUGGGGUAUAAGUUUUCAAUCAGCAAGAAUGAUUUCUAUAAUUUCAAAAAUUUUAUUAGAUAGAGAUUUAUUAAAAUUUGUUCCAACAAUGUAUGUUUAUAUUGCUUUUAGUGCUUUAAUAAUGUUAAUUUAUCAUGUUGAUUCAACAAAUACUGUUAUUGCUUCAACAGCAAGUGAUUCAAUUUUUAUAUCAAGAGCUGUUUUAAUUAAAUUAUCUGAAUAUUGGCCAAUUGCUGGAUUAUUAAUUAAAUUAUUUGAUAAAUAUGCAAAUGAUAAAUUUAAAAGAGCAAAUGUUAUUGAAAAUGGUUCAAGAAUUGCUGAAGAAAAAGAAAAUUUAGCUAAUGAAAAAUUAGGUUUAACUACAAAUCCUAUUCAAAUGAUUAAUCAACAACAACAAAAUCAUCAACAAAAUCAUCAAACUUCGUCAAGUUAUCAUCCAUCACAACAACAACAACUGCAUCUUCAACUGCAUCCACAGCAACAUCCACAACAAUUCUCAUUACAAAAUCAUCAUCCUCAUCAACAAGCACUUCAUCAUCAACAACAACCAGUUGCUCCACAACCUCAACCAGUUACUCUGCAAAUGAGAUCAAGUUUUUCUCCUGGAUCAACUACAUCAGGUGUUUCACCAGGUGGUAAUGCUUAUUAUGAUUAUCAAACAUCACAACAACAAGCACGUCAACCAAUUUCUUUAAAUAAUCGUCAACAAACUCCAAUACCACAAAAUGAUAUAAAAUCAAGAACUCCACAAAUUGAACAAUUGAUUCAACAAUAUAAAGUUCCAAUGAAAUUAGCAGCAAAUGCAGGUGCUGGUGGUGGUGAAGGUAGUAAUAAUAGUGAUAAACAAACAACUGAUACAUCACCAACUUCAUCAACAAAAUCAUUUCCUGAUAUAAGUUUAGUUACAGAAAAUAUCCCCAAUAAACAAAAUUUUUUUGAAAAUUUUGAACCAACUCAAUUAUUUCCAAAUUUUGGUGUUAGUUUACCUCCAACAAGAAUUCAAUCUCCUUCAAUUGAAGAAAUGGGUAGUAAUAUUUAUAAUAUGGGAUCAGGAUCAGGAACAAAUGAUAACAAUAAUAAUAUGACGUCUAUUAAUAAUAAUUAUGACCAACAACAACGACAAUCAUCUCAACCACCUUCUCAACAUAUUAAAGUUGAAGAUAAUAGUAGUGGUUUUAAUAAUUCAAAUGAUCAAGAACCUUCAUCAUCAACUUCAUCGAAUUCAAAUAAUGAUAUAAAGGCAGCUAAUAAUAAUAAUAAUAAUAAUCCAUCAACUCCUGGUUUUCAAACUAAUUUUAUUGACAGUUCUUUCAUUAAUAUGAAUUUACAAUCAGGUAUGGAAAUGAAUGAUGAAUUUAAUUCAUUAUUUAAUUUUAUGAAUUAG